UAUGGAUAAAACAAAACAACGUCCUGCAUCACCUUCAUGAGAAUAGAUUGAUGUUUACACGAGUGGUAGGAGUGCUGCAGCCAAUCAGUGGCCUGGAUUUCUCCCCGCAUUUCUUUCUGAGGCGAACAGCAGACAGGCAUUUGAGAUUCUAUAUAGCGGGAGAAUAUAGUGUUGGCAACGCUCUUUCAACCUCCGACAUUCCUCGACAUGCAGUUAUGAUUUUGUGGAAUUGACAACAAAGAACAGUGGAUUGGAGAAGGAUUGAGAUAUCAGUACAAAGAAACUAAGAGAGUCACCUACUCCAAGCAGUGUAGAGGGGGAAACCAACUACUGCAGCGCCAUGGCUGACCCAAUAAAGCUGGCUGACCCAAAGCUGGCUGAACUAAGAGACAGCAUGGCAGAUUUUACAGUUCAGACGGCCAAGCACUCCAACUCUCCAAUCUCCUUCACUCCCCUGCGGCCGCCCAGCGAACAGCAGUCCAAGGACCGGGCCUCCAAAAGGCUUUCCUCCGAGUCCAACGGGACCAGCGAGGGUGGGGCAGGGUCGCGGACGCCCGUGGAGAUAACCGCACUGGAGGAGUCGUUUCGGCGCUUCGCCAUCCACGGCGACACACGUGCCACAGGAAAGGACAUGCAUGGCAAGAACUGGUCCAAGCUGUGCAAGGACUGCGGCGUCAUCGACGGAAAAACUGUCACCCUCACGGACGUGGAUAUCGUCUUCACUAAAGUCAAGAAGAAAUCCUGUCGCACCAUCACGUUUGACGAGUUCAAGGCAGCGGUGGGAGAGCUGGCCAGCAAGAGAUUCAAGGAGAAAACGGGAGAGGAGGCGGAGGGGGAGGUCUUCAGGAUGAUUGAGGGGAAGAAACCGGUCAUUAAAGGAGUCACGAGAGCGGUGGCUUCUCCGACCGUGUCUCGUCUGACGGACACGACCAAGUUCACUGGGUCACACAAGGAGCGAUUUGACGAGAGUGGCCGUGGGAAGGGGAAGGCAGGUCGUGUGGACAUGGUGGACACAUCCGGGUACGUCGCAGGAUACAAACACCUCGGGUCAUAUGAGAAGAAAGUCACCAAGCCCACCGGGCCCCCUGGAGCUGGGCCCCCUGGAGCCGGGCACUCUGGAGGAGGGCCCCCUGGAGCCGGGCCCCCUAGAGCCGGGCCCCCUGGAGCCAAACCAGUGUGAAGAAAGUAGAAAAGAAAGAAACAAACAGAAACAUAAGACCAACUACUAGGAUAAUACUUUUCUAAAGAAAGAACUCCAUGAAAACAAAAAGAUAGGAUUUCAUAUUUUCUCACCCAUCUUGUUUUCUUUUCGCGAGUGGGAUGAUUUGAGUUCCUCUCUUGUUUGUUGUGUGUGAGAACUGGAAAACUGUUUACAUCCAUUUUUACAGCUGGUACAUUCCUGACAGAUCGCAAGUUACUGCCAAAUGUUCAAAUGAAGCCACCAACCAACAAGGGAAACAACUGUUUUACUCUGCAUUUUUUGAAACCUCUUUAUGAUGAUAGGCGUCUUCACAUAUGUAUUAUAAGCACUAUGAAUACCACCAUACCAAGAAAACAAAUAAGAGGGGAAAAAAGGGUUCGACAAAUGAUUGAACAAGAUUGCACUUUGCUUUAGAUGGGCCAUAGCUUCUUUUCCCAUUUUUAGUUGAAGAAAUACAUCCUUAAUUUCAUACUUUUUAGUUAGUUGAAUGUCUAUUGGCAUAAACUGGUGAAGUAGAUAUACUGGUAGGUUGUUAUAUUGAUCAAACCAUCUUCAAUAUCAACUUUCUGCCUUUCCUCUGGUCGAUGAAGUCUGCUGUAUGAGUCUUCAUCUACUGGCUGUCUGAUCUCCUUUAUACUUCAUCAUAGUUUACACAUAUUGACGACAACAUCGUUUGCCUUCAAUUGUUCUUAAAACAACUAAACCUUUUAAACAGGAUAUGUAGAAGUUCUGUGUCUUCCUGUCUUUAGCUACGUAUAUCAUAUGAAUGAUAACAUUUUAUUUUUGUUCAUUCUACUGUCAGAUAUCAAGUUUGUUAUCUAUGAGUCGUAACUUCCCUUUCUUGUGAAUCUUUUGCUUUUAUAAACGUUCUGUGAAGUUAUAUCGAUACUGUACCUUAUGUAUUUACAACACAAGGAGAAGAAUACUGCUAGAAUUAUUUCAUAUCCUAAGGCCACGUCUUGUCUGGUUCAUUCUGAAACCCUCAUCAAUUAUUUACACCCAACAUAUUAAACAAGAUAAUAGGUAAAUGACCCUGAAAUGAUUAUCUCUAAUCAUUCAUCUAAAUGACACACACCAAUUUGAUAAGGCUCCACAGUUUGUUCCACACUAUGUCCGGUUGUAUUUAUCUGGACCUCUGAAACUAAGAGGUGAGCUGGGUUGUUCAGGUUUGUAUUUUUCAAUAUUUAACUGAUAUGAUAUUGCCGUCAGAUUUGUAUAGUUGUAAUAUAUUGGUGGUAAGAGUGUGUAUAUUUCUAAACAUGCGGCCGCAUGGCUUCAUUUAAGACACUGACCUGCGUUUGUUUUUCUUGUCUUGCUGUAUCUUAUGCAUGAAGUAAUGGAAUGCUACUACUUUACCAUUAACAAUAUGAAACAGACAACAUAUUUCAGAGGUCUCAUUUCAACUGCUGUGUUAGUGACUCGUUAUAGUGACUUGCUCUGCUCCUACGUUCUGGCAGAGUAGUCAGACCAAUGGAAUUCAAACUAAAACAUCUUCACUUUGACAGGAGGACCAAGUUGUGGUUACAUUGUGAGUGUACAGAGACCAUAGAGAUCCUAUAAAUGACUAUAUAUAGACUAAGAAUAUCAAAGGGGACAUUUGUGGCCAAGGAGUUGGGUGACAUUAUCAGGUGAUAUCAUUGACCGUACAUGCAGAAAAAAAUCUAUAGCUUGGUGGAACCAGCCUGAUCGCUGCGUUCACUAUGAAAGAGAAUGAUGAACCAGCCUGAUCGCUGCGUUCACUAUGAAAGAGAAUGAUGAACCAGCCUAAUCGUUACGUUCACUAUGAAAGAGAAUGAUGAACCAGCCUGAUCGCUGCGUUCACUAUGAAAGAGAAUGAUGAACCAGCCUGAUCGUUGUGUUCACUAUGAAAGAGAAUGAUGAACCAGCCUGAUCGCUGCGUUCACUAUGAAAGAGAAUGAUGAACCAGCCUGAUCGCUGCGUUCACUAUGAAAUAGAAUGAUGAACCAGCCUGAUCAUUGCGUUCACUAUGAAAUAGAACCAUGAAAGAAAAUGAUGAACCAGCCUGAUCGCUGCGUUCACUAUGAAAUAGAACCAUGAAAGAGAAUGAUGAACCAGCCUGAUCGCUGCGUUCACUAUGAAAUAGAACCAUGAAAGAGAAAUGAUGAACCAGCAAUCAGGCUGGUUCCACCAGGCUACAAAAUCACAUGUCAGCCAUUUGAAUUGUAUGAAAUGGAUGCAUAUCAAACUAGAAGGUUUUACAUUCUAAAUGAAAAAGACUCCUAUGCCAUAGAUACUACAGGUAGGUACAAAUGACUAGUGACUUCAUCCGUAUUGUUUGUGACCCUUGAACUCUUGUCUUUGAAGAAGUUUUAGAGAAACCUUUUUAGUGUAAACACUGUUAUCCUGACACUUUCUACGGCACACAUUCAACAGAAUACAAAAGGCAGGGUAAUAUAGUACUGUGAAAUUUGAUGGACAUACUGUAUGAGGUGAAGGGGAUGAACAAAGAAGUAGACUUUUGUAGGACAUAUAUUUUUCCAGCAUAAUGACAUACUGUUGCUUUCAUACUGGCCACCCUACCUUAGCCUCUGCUGACCAAUAAGACUCAUGCGUUGAUUGAGAUCAACACCUGUUAACUAGUUGAAUCGUAAUCACUUUAGUACGAUUUGUCUUGUGUGCUUAAUGCCAAAUACUGUGCACCUUUUCGUGUGGAGAAGCAAAUCCUUCUUAUUUUUUCAAAAAAUAACUUGUUAAUGUACAAUUAUUGUGACCUGGUGCAUGCUUUGUGUUUUGGUUCUUGUUCUCGAGACCUGUGUGUUCAUGAUUUGUAGCAUUGUUGAAAAUAAAAACUCCCCAUCCUGAAGAAUCAA